UGGCGGUGAGAGGAGGCUACGGCGACCGUGGUGGAGGACGAGAACCCGUCUCGGACUCCACUCUUCAUCUUCGCUCUUUCUGGCGAAGGCACCACCGUCUCUUCUUCGUCUUCGCUAUCCUUAACGAGGGCAGACAUGAUGGAUUCGUCACGCCUGCUAAAGAAGCCUAAACUGGAAGACGAACCGAUCGAACUCAUCGAGGGCGACAAUGAAGGAAAGCCAUCUAAUUAUAAUAAGAGCCGCGACGACAACGUGUCUUUGCAGGAGCAGGAGGAAGCCCUCGUCGCCCUGAUCGAACAUCGCACCAAGGAGUGCCAACUUCUCAAGCAGAAGCUUGCCCAUUACAAAUCCCAGCUCGAAGAGGCGGAGAAAAGAUUGAGCGAGUCCCAGGCCAAGCUGGAUCGCAUUCGUCUCCGCUCCAAAGUUGCUCCUGUUGCCACGGAUGUUGUUAAAACCGAGGCCAGGCCGUCGAACCCUAUCCGGAACAAUAAUGACCACGCUCAGACGCGCCCUACGCCGUCGCAGCAAUUGUCGCGGCCUCAGCUUCUUAUUCCCCCUCAUAACACCAGGCUUCCUUCCCUGGCUGCAGAUGCCAGAGCCGGACGGAAUGCGAAGCCAGAACUAAAAGCAUCUGCUGCCGCUGGCGGCCCAAUGGAUUCUUCCCCUUCUACUCAGCCAGCGGGUACAGGGACGUCUAAGCCCUUCAUUGAAAAGGGUGGGCCUGUUGGAUCUAAAGAAAAGAGGAUCAAGAGGAAGCUUGAGCAGAAGGAACACCAGGAUCUGAUUCACAAUAUACGUUCAUCUUCUUCACCUUGCAUAAUUAGAUUUCAAUCAGGAACCUUAAUUUCCAGUCAGCAUAAAAGGAAAUUGAGAAGUCUUGAGCUGUGCCCAGUCAAUGAUCAUCUCUUCGUCACCAGCGCUUUGGAUGGAGUUGUCAACUUAUGGCAAGUGCAGGCCAAAGGAUCCAAUGCAUCAUUACUAAGCAGCAUGGAUUGUUUAUCUCCAAAGCAACGGAGAUGGCCAGAAGAUAUAGCAUGGCAUCCAGAUGGAGAUAGAAUCUUUGCUGCUUAUACUGCUGAUGGUGGUGACUCACAGAUCUCGGUUCUGAACUUGAAUGCAUCACGAGAAAAAAAGGUUACUUUCUUGGAAGGAAAGCCUCAUCAAAAAGGCAUUAUAAAUAGCAUAAUGUUCAUGCCGUGGAUUGAUUUAUGUUUCGUAACUGGUGGGAGUGACCAUGCUGUGAUACUUUGGCAAGAAAUAGAUGAUUCAUGCAAACCCAAGACAAUACAUGGGAAUCUGCAUUCUUCUGCUGUCAUGGGAGUUGCUGGAUUGCAACAAAAGAAGACUGUACUAUCUGUUGGUGCAGACAAAAGGAUAAUUGCGUUUGAUAUGUUAUCAGGAAGAUCUGAGUUCAAAAAUCAAAUAGAAAGCAAAUGCAUGAGUGUGCUGCCAAACCCAUGUGACUUCAAUUUGUUCAUGGUGCAAGCAGGGGAACCUGGGAGACAGCUUCGGUUGUUUGAUGUACGGCUAAGGCAGACAGAAAUUCAUGCUUUCGGGUGGAAACAGGAAACAAGUGAAUCCCAAUCUGCUCUGAUUAAUCAGGCAUGGUCUCCUGAUGGUCUAUAUAUAACAUCUGGUUCGGCAGACCCCAUGAUUCAUAUCUUCGAUAUUAGAUACGAUGGACGAAAGCCUUCACAAUCAGUGCAGGCUCACCAGAAACGAGUUUUUAAAGCUGUAUGGCACCAAUCACUUCCACUUCUCACAUCAAUAUCAUCUGAUCUCAACAUUGGAUUACACAGGGCAUUAUAGAUAGUUUAGCUUCUCAGCUGUGUGGUUUCCUUCUUAACCACAGCGUCUUUUGCUUGAUGACAUCAUGAUGCAUUCGAAUGAAACCUUUUACUAACUAAAAUCAAGGAAAUUUUAGUCUUUAAUUUGGGUGGUUAAUUAUCAGAGUGAGUGGCAAAAGCAGCAAAGUACUUGAGAUGCCUUCCAAGUUGGUGUUUGUAGCUGAUUAAGAAGGAUCAGGAGAGUAUAGCUGGGCAAUAAUUUGUUAAUGGAUGGCUACCUACAAGCAAGCUUACAAAAACUAUAAAUUGGCUUGGUGGUCUUUUAUUGAGCUUCGCACAUGAUGGGGAUAGAAGAACAAUCUCAUCUAUGUGUAGGUGGUCACGUUGACAAUUUUGUAUAUGCUCCUGCUGGAGCACAGAGGAUAACUCUAAUGUGCUUAGUAUUGCUCUCAAGGACUGGUUUAAUAUUUUGUGAUGAGAAGGUUCCCUCUGCUUAAGAAGCUAAAGAGCAGGGUAUGAACUUCCCUUGUGAGAGUACUGCAUCAUAACCAGCUUGUUCUAGGGUUGUCAAACACUGAUAGAUGCAAGCAGCCAAAUCGGGAGAUCAUAUGAUACAUGAUUACUGUGAAGUUGGUGUAUUAUCAAGAGCACAAACGCAAUGUGAUGCCAUCGUGAGCAAUUCAUGAUCUCAGCCAUUUUGAAGAAAAGUAGUCUUCCUUGUAAUAUUUUAUUUCAAUGAGGGCUGAGUUUUGGUGUAAUGAAAAGGUUGUUGUGACGUAAAAAUUUAUCUUAUAGAAAAAGAAAAAGAGGUUUUCUCUA